GUUGUCCAAUGCUGGAUCCUGGCAGUGGCAAUGUAGUGCUCAUUACAGGUGUUAGUCUGGACUCGCAUACAGGUGCAGUGCUUCCAGUCGGAGGUCUCCUGCUGGGCGAAUCCUUCACUGAGCCCCUGAGUGGCAGGCUGGUGCGCGUUGGUGGAGGUAGCAUCCGGGGAGGGAAAGUGGUGCCACAUGCAGGGGGUUUUCAGGCUCUACUGGACACCCAAGCUCUUAGUGCGCGGGUGCGGGUGGUGGAGAUGAUACAGGCUGACUGUGACGAUUGGAAAUCUGGGAGCCUGGAGCUCCACAAUGAGAUUAGCAGAGCAAAGGCAACCGCCUCAGAUUUGGAGCACGCCUGGAGGAGCAGUCAACACUGCAUGCUUCAACUGCUAAGUUGUCUGGAGGCUCAGCAGGAAUGGGCCUGGUGGGUGUCUGAAGAUGGGGGUACUCUAGGUGAGAUCAGUCUGCCCGGUCUUGAGCUGUCCCUGCCUGCUCUGCCAGGCCUAGAAUAUCCGGACCCUGGAGGGUCAGGCUUAUCAGUCCCUGUUCUUGGAGAACAGCUGGAUUGGAUGUCAGGGUGUUUCGUGCCUCUUGCUGGAACCAUGGAAGAUGCAGAUGGCAAAGGGCUGGUUCCUAUCCGUUUUGGGGCACAGACUAUAGACCCUGUGACGGGGGUUGUGGCUCCAGUGGUAGGAGCUCGGCUAGACGUGUGGAAGAGGACUGUAGUCCCAGUGACCGUGUCCCAGUGCCUGACCAUGAGAGAAACUCCAGACAGUGUACUGGCAGAGGCCUUACAGAAGGAGUGCAGCAUGAGGGCCCAGUUCUGGAGACAGCAGAGAGUGAAGGAGGAGGAACUAGUGGCAGAUUUAGACAGAGCUCUGUGGGACUGCUUUUACACAGCGCUCCAGGAAGAGUCAGAUCAUCUUGUGUGGACGGAAACAGAGAGGCAAGUAAAAGAUGCAGCAGCAGAGCUUCAGGAGGCAGUCUGUAAAGAGGCUCAGAGAAGAAAUGCUGUGAACUCGGAGCUCUCUCUCCUGCUGCCUGGACACAUCCUGCUCACUCUUACUGGAGGUGAUGAAGAAGAAUGGACGCAGGAGCGUCACUGUCACACUGAACUGACCGCUGUGUUGAAUAGAGUGAGUGUGUUUAUGGCAAGGCAGCAGUGGGAGCAAGAUCAGUCCACACCUCUAAUCGAUGAGCAAAUGGAUGAGCAGACAAGGCAGAAGGAGCUGUGGGAGCAAAUAAAGCAGAGACACACCGAACUGGAUGCUGCACUUUCUUCAGUGCACUGGGCCUGCGAGAUCAACCAGCUCCGUGCUGAUACCGCAGAGGCCAUAUUAUCAGGCUCAUUAUCAUAUAGGGAUUACGGUAUGGUGAAGCCCAGAGGCAGAAAAAACCCUCUGAAAGCAAUGGCCCUGACUCAGCACAAAAUCCUGCCUCAGUUGGAACGCCUCAUUCAGCUGCUCGAGGAUGGCAAACUUUCCAGUCCCUUCAUCAGCGCCCAGAGCCAACAGAGCGCUGACCUGCCAAUGAAGCAGACAUUUGACAGGGACACAAACUCAAGAGAAUGGACUGUGUCAGUCCCUGCAGCGAAAGAUGCCAAUCAGUCUUGCUGUGCACAAGUUUCCACUCAAUCCCUGAAAAAUCAUGAAAAGUCUUUGUCUGUGAGCGAGCCGAAUGGUUUGAAGACUGUAUUGUCCAGGACAUCCUCUACACAUAGAGAACAGGAUGGAAGCCCUGCUCAAAGCCAUGAUGCACACAAUUUCAAGGACACGACAUUUCCCGUACACAUGACAGUCCCCAACCUGUCAGGGGAGAACUGGGCCAGUUUGCUGGAGAUCUCUCCACUCUUCCAGCUUAUCCACAAUGUGGAACAGAAGCUCCGAGACCAAGCAAAGAACGCAGGCCUGCUCAGUGGUGAGCACCCAGACUCCAGGUGCCCUUUCAUUGAUUUCUUGGAUGCGCAGUGGGAUUGUGAAGGCGAGCUCAUCAAAGUCAAAGCUGAUACCCUUAACCCUCGGGAGUUUCUGAUCUACGAGCACGGCCAGCUUCUUCUCCAACUACUACACACACACAGAGUGGCACCAGCAGUGAAAUUACACCUCGCUUCAAGUCUUCCGACAAAUAACUACCACUGCAAUGCCUUCCGCAACUCCUUUUAUUACCAGGAGAUGGAUAACACUCUGUACGUGCGUCAGCAGAGACUGCAGUCUGUAGGAAGUUUCUCUCUGCUGCUUCUGCACUGCGCUGCUCACAUAUCCACCGGACAACUUAGUGUUGACACAACUGCUGCUUUCCAAAGGGCUUUCUUUAAGGUCCUACAAGUGUGUUUAACUGAGUUGUUCCAUGCCAGAUUGGAGCCUGAUUCAGCUGAAGGAAAGACCCAAAACACUGACUCAGCCCUUAAUCGCCUUGUACUUGAGAGAGUACAGAAAUGUGAUCCAGGAACUGUGUCUGAGAACCUGAAUGAGGUGGCCAGGUUGCGAGAGAAGCACAAAGAAAGUUCAGUGUUCAGGAAAGUAGAAAGCCUGCUGAGAGAUAUGAACCUGGAGGUCUGCCCAAGUGACAGUGAGCUGCCAAUUAAACAUGGAGCAGAAGGCCGGGGCACUGUGCCAGAGUGAAGUGAUGAAUUGGUCUUGAAAUACGAGCACUGCUGCUUUUCACUGAAUGUGACAAGACCAACUAUCUCAUCCAAACUCCUGUACGCUGCUCCAUGGGAGACAGAUGGUGGCCUAGACGAUGGCUUUGCUUUGGAUCGAGGCCAUCUGAGCAACUACAACAAGAAGCUCAUUAAACAACAUUAAACAAGUGUUGCCUGGCAAAACAAUCCUCGCCCGGCACCACUUAUUUUAUACCUAUAUGUUGAUAAUGGUAAUAUUUCUCAAUCAUCAGCUGUCAGGUUAUAGUCCUAUGAAAAUCCAUGACCUUGAGUUUGACAUUUCAAAGUCAUUCAAGGUCAAAGGUCAUGGCGGCAACUGAAAGCCCAUAUGGGACUUCUUAUAUGUUGAUAUUGGUAAACAUCUGGCUAUCAUGAACCAUUUAAAACUUAUAGCCCUUUGAAAACCCAUGACUUUGAGUUUGACCUUUUGAGGUCACUCAAGGUCAAAGAUUAUGGUGCAAAAUGAAAGGCCAUAUGGGAGUUCCUAUAUGCUCAUAACAGUAAACAUCUGUCUAUCAGCAACCGUUUUUGAGUUAUAAUGGAAAAUGUUAUUUUGACCGAUGACCUUGACCCCCCUGACUUUUAACCCCCAACUGCUACAGAGACUGUCCAAACUACCCUAUCAUGCAGCAUAUGGUUGGAAGCAGAAUUGAAAGA